GCGAACGCGACAACUGGCGGGAAAAACCAAACAAAAUAAUAAGGAUUAUAGUAGAUAAAUAAAAUACGAAAAAAUAUAAGAGUAGAGCAUGUCUACGGCUUUUCUCGUGGACAGUCUACUGCACGCCCAGCAGACCUACACGGAAAGCCAGCUGAAGUCCAGCCUGAGCGAGAUGCUCCUGUCGCGUCGUUCGGGCACAGAUCCUGCCGCGGAUCCUGCGACGCAACUGCCCACCGAAACUGGAUGCACUUGCUCCAAGUUGCGCGGCUACAAGUGUGAUAAGUGCCGUGAGAUUCGUGCCGAAAGUGUGAACAGCAUCGACGAAAUGGACGACCUGAUGGACGAUGGUUCCUCGUCGGCGGACGAAAUCGUCGCCGAUAUUGGCAGCAGUGUCGAGGGCGAGGAACCGCACAUGGACCUGGACGAGGAGCUGGAGGACGAGCUGGCCGAGGUGGACGAACCCGUAGCAAUCAAAUUGCCCAAGGUGGAGCCCAAGGACACCACCAUCCCGGCGGUGGGCAACACCAUCCUCAAGGAUACCAACAGCAAGCCCAUACUCAAGUUCAGUGUCAGUGCUAUUCUGGGGGAUACCCGGGAAGGAGUCCGGGUCAGAAAUGAAUUCAUGCAACCGCAGCAUAUAUGGCCUUAUCUACAGCAAAACUUCAUGCAGCAGCACUCGCAUCAAUAUCAGCCACACCAUCAGCAGCAGCAGCAUCCCCACCAGCAACACCAACAGUUGCCAGUGCCAGGACAUCCGCAUCCGCAUCCGCAUACCCAUCAUCCGCAUCCGCAUCACCAUCACGCCCACUUUCCGCAUCCCGCAUUUCUAACGCAUCAACUGCCGCCGCAUCAGCAGCAGCAGCAGCAGCAACAUGUACAGCAGCAACACCAGCAACAUCAGCAGCAACAUCCCGGCAAUAGUUGUCAACCGCAAACCGCAUCCUCGUCGUCGUCACCUGGCAGCACAAUUAGUGAUAGCGACAACAAUCACGGCGGCUCCAGUGCCAAUCCCAAUGCCACUGCCAAUGGCAAUGGCAAUAGCAGUUCUGGCCAGGAUGGUCGACCGCACGAGAUGGGGAAUCCCAAUCCCGAUGAGGACAACACCAGUCGAAGAUUAACGCAAGACAAGCAGCUGUUGGGCAAUGGAGGAGGACCAGGAGGAGGAGGAGGUGGUGGCCACCAUGGCCAUCAGACGCCACCGCCACCGCCUCCUCCGCCGGUGAUUGCCAAGCCCAUGCCCAGCCGCCCCACGCUCCUGCCGCACACCCUCAACCACCCGCACCUCCACUCGCUGCUGGCGCACUGCCGCAAUCCCUACAUGAGUGUUGGCGCCCAAGUGUUUCCCCUGCCUCCUGGCCAGGGAUUCCCCUGGGCCCAUUCGACACGUGGCAAGCCUCGUCGUGGGAUGAUGCGGCGUGCCGUCUUCUCAGACUCGCAAAGAAAGGGACUGGAGAAACGCUUCCAGCAGCAGAAGUACAUCAGCAAGCCGGAUCGCAAAAAGCUGGCCGAGAGAUUGGGACUAAAGGACUCUCAGGUGAAAAUAUGGUUUCAGAACCGGCGGAUGAAGUGGCGGAACUCCAAGGAACGGGAACUACUGGCCAGCGGUGGCUCACGCGACCAGACGCUGCCAAAUAAGAACAAUCCCAAUCCGGAUUUAAGUGAUGCCAAAUGCGAUCGCCCACUGACGCCCCUUUCGCCCUCCCUGCUGUCGCCCAAUGGCAGUGCCACGCCCCCUUCUUCAGGAGCGGUGACCAAGGAUGAACCUCCAGCGGCGGCAGUUACUCCAAAGUCACCACAAUCCGCCAGCAGCAGGAGUUCGCCAUCGAUGGGUUAUAACCUACAGAUUAGCUCACCACCUCCACUUCUAACCAGCUUAAAAAUGGGCGAUCAAUCGGCGGCAGCCACGCCCACUCCCGGACAAUCGGGCACCACGGUUUCAUCUGCCGCCUCUUCGCCACCCGGAGGAUGCACUGCCUCCGAGUUUCAGGCCAAGAUCAAUGCCGAAAUGCAAAAGCAACUGGUUGCUGCCGACCUUAAAUUCAAGCUGGAAAACAGCAUUCAGGAGGCGAAACAGCGAAGAUUCGAGCAACUGCAGCAGCAGUUGCAUCAUUCCCCGCAUUUUAGUGCCAUGCGGGAGGUGGAAUUGGCCGCCGCCGCUGCAGCUGCCCAACUGCAUCACCAUCACCAGCAGCAACAGCAACACCAGCAGCAGCAGCAGCAGCAGCAACAGCAGCAGCAGCAACAUCAGCAACAAAGCUCCGAGUUCAUGAAGCUCUACUACGAUGACUACGAUGACUCCAAUUCGGAUAGUGACGAAGAGAUCAGCGUGACGUGAUUCGUGACUGCUCCUGUGACUGAGAACAGAAGUGCAACAGGCCGUGUACAUAUAUGUUUUAAUUGUAAAUUUAUUUAUGCAUUCAAACUAUUGUAUUUAAUAUGUGUAUAAUAUUUUUUCGAAUUUAAAUUCCCAAGCGAAAUAAACUUCUUUGAAAAAUUUAAGGAGCUUUAUGUUUAUUUAAUUAGGGAUU